GAAAGUUCUGUUGUCACAUGCAUUAUUGUGUACAUGUGCAAAAGUUGUUGUUCGCUCGUGACAAACAGUUAAAAAUAAUUUACGAUUCUAUUUUAUUAUUAGCAACAUUGACUAACGAAUGCCUAUUUCAUUGUUGUCGUUUGUUGCCCACUAGAUUUGAAUCAGCCUAGUCAUGAAUUUCAAGCUACUUUAAAAACAUUUAAUAUCACAAUGUACAGGUCAAUGUUGUUACUUGAAAGUUGUACGUUACAACUUGGAGAGAACUACAAGAAUGCCAACUUCAAACGACUGUAUAUGACGAUCAAUAAAAAUAAAUGCAAGGAGUACGAAGGCCGAAAGUUAAUAGGGUUCUCAAUGGAGCAAAUGUAUGACGUAGUAGCAGAUGUAGCAAAGUAUAAGGAAUUCAUACCAUUCUGCAAAAAAUCUGACAUACUCACAAAGCGUGAUGGAUUUCUGAAGGCGAGCUUGAGUAUUGGAUUUCCACCUAUCAAUGAGAGUUAUACUUCAAAUGUCACAAUGAUAUCGCCACGUCUUGUGAAGGCAGAAUGUGUUGAUGGAAGACUUUUUAACCACUUGAACACAUUAUGGGUUUUCAGUCCUGGACUAAAAAACAACGCACAAACUUGCUUGAUAGACUUCUCACUUUCUUUUGAAUUCAAAUCUGUUAUUCACUCUCAGCUAUCCAAUUUCUUUUUCAACGAAAUUGUAAGGCAGAUGGAAAAUGCUUUCAUCCAGGAAGCUGAGAAACGCUAUGGACGACCGUGUAUCAAACCUGUUCGAUUAGAAAAAUGAUUAGAUAUAUCACAGAAACGUUUCUUCUGUGUACUUGCAUCCUCUAGCUAAGGUCAAUGCCAAAACGAUCGAUUUCAAAACUAGUCUUCCAAAUAAUCUGGUAUUGAAAUUUAGGAACCGAUAACUAUACAUAUAACUAUACUUUGCAUGUUGUAUGUACGUACAUUACAUUCUGUAGAAAAGUACCAUGUAAAUAUGUUGAAGAAUAAAGUAUUUAUUUAUUAA